GCCCCUGAAGGCGUCAUUAUUGUUGUUGUAAUGUAAAGUCUGGUGAGCAGUGUGAGCCUGAAUGUGUCGAGAGGGAGAGGAGAGAGUUUAUAGAUAUUUUCUGAUCAGUUCAACAGUAUUGUUAGGUUUAUUCACCUUUGGGGGAUUUCACGCUCUUUCUAAAGUGAAAACAAAGGAGUAAAGUUGUCCCGACGGAUAGUUCUGUGAUGGGCAUGACUAACCGCAUUGAAUGUAUAUUUUUCAGUGAGUUUCACCCCACCCUGGGUCCUAAAAUAACCUAUCAGGUGAGUGUCUGUGAAGUAUUUUGUGUUGGUUUGAAUACAACAGUUAAUCAUUUUUGUAUGUACAGAGAAUGAUCACAAACGUUACAGAAACUGUGCUAAAUUUCCUCCUCAGUAUUGUAUCUCCAAACAUUAGUAUUUACUCACUUGGACUACUGUCUAGUUGUGUGGUCAGAUUUAGACAAAAUUACAACUAAUCCAGAACAGAGCUGCAAGACUAGGACUGAACUAACACCACAACUAAUGUUUUAUAUCAGUGUUGAACAUGUUUUUUUAACUCCUCGACAUUUUCUUGUGGUAUUUAUCCCCAUGAAUGGAUCUGAAUGUAUAUUGUCUUGUUUUAUCCCUGCAGGUCCCAGAGGAGUACAUUUCACGGGAGCUCUUUGACUCCGUUCAAGUUUACAUCAUCACAAAACCAGAACUGCAAAACAAACUAAUAACUGUGUAUGUAAUUAAACCUCUUUAUUUUCUUUACCGCAUUCCUUCUUUUCAUUUAGAGAUCACUAUUUAUGCAUCAUGCAGGGGGAUGAUAGUUCCUCUUGUCAUUUUGUCUGCGCUCUUAACAUUUCUUUCAGCACUGCCAUGGGGAAGAAGUUAAUCGGUUGUCCCGUGUGCAUCGAACACAAAAAAUACAGCAGAAAUGCCCUCCUGUUUAACCUCGGCCUGGUUUGUGAUGCUCAGACCAACACAUGUGCACUGGAGCCGAUUGUGAAGAAGCUGUCUGGGUACCUCACCACUCUGGAGGUAGAGAAAACUGCUCCAUCAUAGUUGUACUUGUCAUACAUUUGCAAAAUGUGUUGGUUUCAAAUGUCUCAUGUUUUGUCUGGUUAUGUUGCAGCUAGAGAGCGGCUUCAUUUCCAAUGAGGAGAGCAAGCAAAAACUUUUACCUAUUAUGUCAACCUUGUUAGAAGAGCUGAACGCUACAGGAGCCUGCACCCUGCCUAUAGGUAUGUCAUGUAUUUCCCAGCUUUCUAGUGCAAACCAUCUGUCAUCAUAACCAUAUGUCUCUGGAAGAUAGCGGAACAAACAAAUAUCUUGUUCAUUUCUUUUUUGUUUGUUUGUUUGUUUUAAGAAGUUUUCUUCUGGUAAAGAUUUAGUGUCACGGACAUAGACUGUACCAUAUUUUUCACACUAUAAGGCACACUUAAAAUCCUUUUGGCUUGACUGCAGCUACCGUAGCCUCGUGGAGUUAAUGAAUGAGUUAAAUAAAGUUUGACUUAUCUGACUGCGUUCAUUGAUGGUGCGUCUUAUAAUCAGGUGCGUCUUAUAGAGGGAAAAUAGGGUAUAUAGAAUGGACACCGUCUGCCUCCUCGCUGGGUAAAGCCACUCCGAGAACAGCACCCUUUGGUGACAGGCUGCAGUAUAGGUCAUCAAUCCCGCCUCUGCCAGCAAAGCUUAUGGAGUUGUGGACAAACUUUAGAAAUUUAUUACACCGAAUAUUAAUUUUUCUCCCCCCUGGUUGUGAUGUUGACAUAUAGUUACUGUAAGACUGAUUUAUGUUCAAGUCCUAUUUUUUCUGUGCAGCACUGUUUCUAAAAGUUAUAAUGGGGUUCAUGUUUUCUAUGAUUGACACUUGAUACAGUCUAUGGGUGUACGAAGAUUGCGUUGCUCCCCCAGGGGUUACGCUGUUUGAGCCAAGUGUCAUCACAGCGACUCUCCCGCCGAAUGCAUACAAUGCUACUGCGCAAUGUUGGUUUCAGGAAAUGGAGAAAAAUCGCAGAAACACCGAGAGCUUUUUGGCCUCAAAUCCGUAUAUAGGCGGAAGGCGGAACUAAGUUGUCCAUAAUAUAUACAGUCCAUCGUCUUGCACAAUCACUUAGCAAACAUCAUCAAACUCAAAGUUAAAACACUUAUUUUCAUGAGAGGUGUAUACGGCCCCUUAGACAGAGCAGUAUAUAUGCAGAUUCAUAAAGUCUGGUCUGCAAAGAGAGGAAGCACAUACUUAACAAAUACUGAUGAGGAAAUUUUGGAAUCCCAAGAGUUCACUGUCUCAUGUCAGGAAAACCACAAUUGGAUUUAUAUUAGCAACAGGAUUUUUAUGACGUUUUAAAAUAAAAUCAUAUUUGUUGUUUGCGGUCUUCUGUUCUGCCCAGAUGAAUCAAAUACCAUCCACUUAAAGCUGAUCCAGCUCAGAAAGGACCCCCCUAUCGUGCAGGAAUAUGACGUGCCUGUCUUCACCCAGUGCAAGGAACAUUUCAUCAAGUCUCAGUGGGAUCUUACAACUCAGCAGGUAGGCACGGUGAUUGACAAGCAGGAACAUUUUGAUACGAACUGUUGUAGUUUGAGGGCAGCCAUUAUUUUGCGAAAGGAAAGGUGGUAAAAGCAUAGGGGGAGGGGAAGCUUUGUGUGGUUGCUUUAAAAGUACAGCAUGUAGAAAUGGGAAUAUGCAGUGUUAUCUAACAGUCAAAUUGAGGGUUGAAACACUCUCUGGUCCCCAUUAUGUAAGUGAAGUGACAGGAAGAUAAAAGUGGUCAUCAAUUUUUCAAGUUGUUACUGUCAAAACUUUUAUGAAUGCAAAUUACUUUGCACUCAGUAACCACUCUCUUCUUCUUUGUCAUCCAACUGGUGCAUUUUACAUGUCUCAUAAAGUAUACAAAUCCACGAGGUACCAGAUUGUUCUUUGUAUCAGUAGAAACAAGGCUGUGCAAGAUGGCAUCCUCCUUAAAGGGGAAUUUUUACCACUCCUGUUGUUGACAUAGAAUGCUCAUUAAAACAAAAACAAAGUUAGUUUGACAUUCAGGUAUUGAUCUUCAUUUUUACCUCGUCUUGCUGCCGAUUGCUGCUAAAUCCUACUCACUGUACUUUUGAUAAGUAAAUGAGUCAUAGGAGGUUAAGCCGGUGUUGUUCCUCUGGUUCUUGUUCACCACAGAUCCUGCCCUACAUCGACGGAUUCCGACACAUUCAAAAGAUCUCAGCCGAAGCAGACGUUGAGCUGAAUCUUGUUCGCAUUGCUGUUCAGAAUCUACUGUGAGUACAAUUUGGUGACAAAAAAGAACAGAAAAAAAAGGGCAACACACACCAGCAUGGGCUGAUGUGCGUCAAAACACCCUCAUCCCUUGUUUUCUGUAUACGUCAGACUGAUGAUCCACCAGUAUUAUUGUGUGUUUGUCCACAUCUACAUAUCAGGAUCAAACACUGUCCUAUUUCUCUUUUGUUAAACCUCUUGGAGCAACUAUAAUCCUCCAAUUAUGUGCUAUUUCUGACUUCUGUGGUGUGUUUCAGUUCGAUGUGUGACUAUUAUUUCCAGAAGAAACAAAAGAGGAGAUUUUAAGAUCUUUCUUUUCCUUUUCAGGUAUUAUGGGGUUGUGACUUUGGUGUCGAUAUAUCAGGUACAAACUUACACCAAACAUUAGACCCAUCCCAAUUACCUCUAUUUAUGAUGGAAUAUAAGCGUACUGAACGGUACAAACAGUCUUUUAAAAUGUUCUGCUUUUCUCAGAAUAUAAUGACUUCUGUUUCUACUUUUUCUGGCGGUCUUAACGCUCAGCUAUCACUAUUAGAAGGUCUUGACUUUUUGGAUGUCAUAUUGUCCUUUUUUUUCCUCUCUCCAGUAUUCAAAUGUUUAUUGCACCACCCCCAAAGUCCAGAACCUCAUAGAUGACAAGUCCAUUCAGGAGGAGUGCCUCAGUUAUGUCACUAAGCAGGGUAAAUUUCAGCCACUGUUGUUGAAAACACACGUUAUAUAACUCCUGUGUUUUGAAGUAUUCACUUGUUUGUUUUACCGUGUGACAGGUCAGAAGCGUGCCAGUCUCAGGGAUGUGUUUCAGCUGUAUUGCGGUCUAAGUCCAGGAACUACAGUCCGUGACCUUUGCGCACGCUACUCUCAGCAGCUUCAGAGGGUUGACGAGAGGUGAGCGUCAAUCACCUUAUCACUUUCUUAGAGGACUUUAGGGCUCUUAAAAAGUCAGGUCAGAGUGACAUUUAUUUUUAUGUGGCUUGUGUGUUGUCCUUCAGGAGGCUGAUCCAAUUUGGGCUGAUGAAGUGUUUGAUACGGCGGCUGCAGAAGUAUCCUGUAAAGGUGAUCCGGGAUGAGCGGAGCAGGCCGCCCAGACUGUACACCGGCUGUCACAGUUAUGACGAGAUCUGCUGCAAAACAGGCAGGUUUUUUUUCAAGACCCUUUUUCACUUAUUGGUGUAAAACUAAAGAGUAAAUCCUUAAAAGUCACUGUAAACUACCUUUUCUUUAUAGGGAUGAGUUACGCUGAACUGGAUGAACGUUUGGAGAAUGAUCCGAACAUAGUGGUGUGUUGGAAGUAAUGUGAAAAAACGGAAUAAACAGAGAUGCCUCAACCAAAGAUGCCUUCAGUAAGAGGACUAACACUGGAAACAGAAGCAGUAUUUUGAUAAUGAUAAUAAUAAUGCAUCAGAUUUUAUACAGCGCUAUUUAUCAAUGCCCUCCCCAAAGCGCUUUACACUGGAUACAUUAUUCAUUCGCUCACACAGUCACACCGUGGUGGUGGUAAACUAACCCUGGGGCAGACUGGAGGAAACGUGGCUGCCGAUCUGUGCCAGCAGCCUCUCCGACCACCACCAAACAUCACUUACAAUCACUGCCAUGGUGUAUUGUCUGUAUGUUGUUUUGUUUGUUAUACCGGCCCUAGGAUAAUGGCGUAUUUACUUUGAAGCGGAUAGGUUAAUCGAUGUGCAUUGUCCUAAUCAAAUAAACAAUAAAAAACAACACAUUAGUACAGGACAAACACUGGAACUGAGGUGAGUUAAGAGUCUUGCCCAAGGACGCAAUGGGCAGACUAGGGGUAGGGUGGGAUUGAACCAUCACUCUUCUAGUUAUUGGAUGACCGCUCUACCUCCUGAGCUACUGCACCCCCAAUAUUUUCUUAUUUUUAUGUCUGAUAACGUUUUUUUUUAAAUCUCAUCCUCUCUGACAUUUCUCUUUAUAGUAAGGAAUAUGAUGUUUACUAAUGUUGUAAAAAUGAAGUUUAAUUAAUAAAGAGAUAAAACUGAA